UGCGCCUAGCGUCCCUCCCCCCUCCGCACCUCUUCAGAGCGGUGUUGAGCGGUUUUCGCGAGUCACCUAGGAGAGUGGCAGCUGCUGAGUGCGCAUUGUACGUCGGGACAGGUGGCUGACUGUAACAGUAGCGCUGUUAGAGACGACUUAUCGCCACUGCUCAGCACUCCACUGGGGCCGGACAUGACGGAGCGCCUCAUGGAGCCUCCCGGGUCAACAGCCCCGAUCAUCAAAAGGCGCUAACUAUAGAAAUUACGGUGGCUCACAUCCUGGGCGUGUUGGGGGACAUGGCUAGUGAUCAGGGGGCGCAGGACCAUGGUGACGGUGGGGCCGAUCAGCAACAGCAUCAGGGGAAGGUCGUCACGGUGACCCUAACACCAGACCGACCUCGUGAGACAUGGGGGAAAAAGGUCGAGUUCCUUCUGGCGGUCAUCGGCUUCGCCGUGGAUCUAGGCAACGUGUGGCGCUUCCCAUACAUCUGCUAUCAGAACGGAGGGGGAGCCUUUCUGAUCCCUUACUGCAUCAUGCUGGUGUUUGGCGGGUUGCCGCUCUUCUACAUGGAGCUCGCACUGGGGCAAUUUCACAGGUGUGGGUGCCUGACCAUCUGGAAACACAUAUGUCCGGCGCUCAAAGGAAUCGGGUACGCGAUUUGUCUCAUCGACAUCUAUAUGGGGAUGUAUUAUAACACCAUCAUCGGCUGGGCAGUGUACUACUUGUUCGCGUCGUUCAACUCCCAGUUACCAUGGAUGACCUGCGACAAUCCAUGGAACACGAUCGACUGCACACCUGUCCUCCAGCCUCGUAACAACAGGUCCACCAGCCCCGCCAAGGAGUUCUUCGAACGGAGUGUGUUGGAGCAACACAGAGCCGACGGGCUAGACAGAAUGGGCCCUGUUAAGUGGUCACUGGCCCUGUGCGUCUUAGCUGUUUUUCUGCUCGUCUAUUUCUCCUUGUGGAAGGGAGUAAGAAGCACAGGAAAGGCAGUUUGGGUGACGGCCCUGGCCCCCUACAUCGUCCUGUUCAUCCUGCUCGUGAGGGGCUGCAUGCUACCAGGGGCAACUGAGGGGAUCCAGUAUUACCUCACGCCACAGUGGCACAAACUUAAGGAAUCCAAAGUAUGGACAGAUGCAGCAUCCCAAAUCUUUUUCUCUCUGGGUCCAGGGUUCGGAACCCUUCUGGCUUUGUCAAGUUAUAACAAAUUCAACAAUAAUUGCUACAGAGACGCCAUUAUCACAAGCAGUAUAAACUGUCUCACGAGCUUCCUCGCUGGAUUCGUCAUAUUUUCUGUGCUCGGCUACAUGGCCCACGUACAGCGCAAGACUGUCCAGGAAGUGGGCCUCGAAGGACCUGGUCUGGUGUUCAUUGUGUAUCCAGAGGCGAUAGCCACAAUGGCUGGCUCAGUCUUUUGGUCCAUCAUCUUCUUCCUCAUGCUCAUCACACUGGGUCUAGACAGCACAUUUGGUGGUCUGGAAGCUAUGAUAACGGCGCUCUGUGACGAGUAUCCGAGGCUCCUAGGGAGACACAGAGAGAUCUUUGUAGCGGUAUUGCUUAUCGGCAUCUACAUUUGCGCUCUGCCUACUACUACUUACGGCGGAGUGUACCUGGUGAACCUUCUGAACGUGUACGGCCCGGGAAUCUCCAUUCUGUUCGUGGUUUUUGUCGAAGCGGCCGGUGUAUGUUGGUUCUACGGCGUUGACCGUUUCUCGCAUGACAUUGAGAAGAUGAUCGGUCACCCACCAGGAAUAUUCUGGCGGGUCUGCUGGACUUACAUCAGCCCGGUCUUCCUCCUGGUGAUAUUCAUCUUUUCUCUCCUUGGUAACGAAGAGAUGUUGCAAGGGGAGUAUAAAUAUCCUGCAUGGACCAUCAUGGUGGGGUGGAUCCUGACAUCAUCCUCCUUGCUCUGCAUCCCUCUCUACAUAGUCUACAAGUUUAUUAUCACACCAGGCAACUUCAUCCAGCGUGUGACAAAAAUAAUCAAGCCGGAAGAUGUGUCUGAGGAGAAUCGCGUAAAUGUGAACCUUACGUACGGCACUGGAACUCACGUCUGACUUGUUCGCAACAGUGAAGAGUCCGAGGUUAGACUGGACGUGCUGUGCAGCUGGGGAGGAACAGAGUGGCUCGUCUAGGCCCCGGAGGACGAGCGUCUCCUUCGCAAUACAAAUGCAACAAAAAACGCCAAGUAUCAUGACAUAACAGUGUAAUAUUCAGUCUGUACAGUAAGUCGGCCCAAACUUAAUCAAGCGUCACUUUCACCUCUCGGAAUCGACCGGCAUGAGAACAGGCGAACUAACCGGCCGGCCGUCAAGUCAUACUUUACUUUAUUCUUUUGUUGUUUUUUUUAAAUUUUUUGUUGAAUGAAGAUUAAUUUUGGCUACCCUUUUCUUCAUAUCGUGAACACGAAUUAACAGACGCAUAAAAAAUGUUUUAAAACACAAACCAAUGGCAUUUAUAUUUCACAGUAUCAGGGACUGUCCUGUUAUUUUAACGUCCGGUCCUGUUUUCACAGGUUUCAAGUUUUCUUCAGGUGUCAAAAUGAAGCUGUCACUGUAUUAUUAUAAUAGAAGAAUUUCUAUUACAGUGUAACUAUUUUCCAUAAAUUUAUAACCAUUACUACUGAAACGCUGUUAAAUAAUUUUCGACUUAAUAGGAUAAUAUUUACGAUACGCUUAAUAUAGUUGUCAUGGUAACUGCUGGGAGAUGCUUGGACACGUGGUUUACAAUGCUGAUCGCAAAACCACUGUUUCCCACGUCUGGCUAACAACUGUGAUGACCCACAGUUACUUUAAAAAUAUGUAAUUCUCAACAGUUAUUGUUAUAAAACGUGGAAAUUAUUAUUUAAAUUUAUUAGCCUAUUUAAAGGCAAAAAUUUUAUCUGUUCCCACUUUAAUGUCAUUUUAAAAAAAAAGAGCAUUUGUUUUCAGGGCCCCCGACAGUUCCAUUUUAUAAACAAUACAGCUAAGUCACUAAUGAAAAUGAAUUAAUAAGGCCCCCUACCUCCUGCAGUAGAUUUACAGAAUUACAGAAAUGAUGGAAAAAAUUUUAUUCAUGGGACGGAUGAGUCUGUUUUGAAGUGAGCAUGAGAUAGGAAUCACACGACAAAAACCAUCUGUUGCUAACCGCAGAUACGAACACCGUUUUUCAAAUCCGAAACCUCAUAAAAUAUUAGGGUUGAAUUAAAUGUUUCUUCACUACAUACAAAAACAUGUAAGCCAAGUAAAAUAAACCGUGAAAUAUAACGGGGUCCCAAACAGACUCACCGAAAUGAUAGCGUGGAAGGUAGAGAACUGAUUUCGGAUGCCAUUACAGUCCUAAGCCCGCCAAAUAUAUAUAUAUAUAUAUAUAUAUAUAUAUAUAUAUACACACACACACACACACACAAAUACAGAAGGUUCUCCACUGUACAGAAUUUAGUGGCCAGGCAACUUACUGAUUGGCUGAAUAUUGCACUGCACUAUGAAUUUGUUAACUACACAACAAUAACUUAGAAGUUGUCCGAGACAUCUGGAUAAUAUUGGCAUUAAGAGACACAAGAUUAUAGAUAUCUCCCAUGAAAUUGUUACAGAAUUAAAUACGUUGUAACUUAAUAAUUUUUUAUUCGUACUAAAGUCCCUACUACACAAAACAUCAUCUAAAUAGUUGUUCCAACAAAUCAGGAUUUAUCUAGUACUUCAAAGAAACGUUUUGAGACUCCAAGCUCAAUAACGUCAAGAUCCGCGUGAUUUUUAAUGACACUAUUUAAUUAAAUGCAAGAGUAGAUAUUAAAAUAUGCCACGACAGAAUUUCUGCAAUGCUCUUUAUAUAUAUAUACAGUUUCGAUAAUUUUAUUCAUUUCUACGUAGUUUAUUUAUAUCAUAAACCGUCGUUAAAUAAUUUCAUAAUGAAUGUAACUUCCAUAUUCGUAACUUCAAUGAAAAUAAACGCUAAUUAUAGAAUUAAACAAUGCGCUGAAUCAACUCCCUAGUAUAAUAUAGACUUUUUAUGAAUAAUUUACCAAAUCAAAUGGAAUAUUUAUAAGAAUAACGAAACUUUUGCACCCCCAAAAAAUAGAUAAUUCAACACUGCAGUUAAUAAAAUUCAAUAAUUCCAUCAACACUGAGAACUGAAUGCAAUAAUGUCAGAUAUUUCAAUCCGACUUCAAUUAUUACUGUGUUGUUAUCGUAAUGAAUUCUAUACAACAUAAUCUAGAUUAAAAUAUGAUGUUGUGACGUAGAAAUAUUAUACGUUCUUCUUAUGAAUAGAUCUUAAUUGUUACUGUAGCCAAUAACAUGUCUGUAAAACUAAGUGAUGCAUUUGCUGUCUUUCAUUAACAUGAAGAUUUACAAUGAACAAACUAUAAACGUACGAUAUAUAACUAAAAAUGUUUUCUGUAUAGUAUAAUUAGUAAUUAAAACUGGUCUGAUAAAUUACUAUAUUAGUGUUCAUAUUAUUAAAUGUGGAGAAUAAUGACAUUUAAUUUGAUAUUGAUAACUGCUCAUCCAACUGUAUUAAUUUCCGAAUUUGCAUUAUUUCCAAUGAAAUGUGAGUUCUAAACAACAUAACCAUAAAACAAUAUUCUGUAGUGUGUGGCAGAAACGUUAUUAUUAAACAAAGCUAAAUUCUUACAAA